GCUCGGGCCCGAGGCGGAGUUGGGCGCCCAGCGCGCGCCCCCGCGCGGGAGGAGGAGCCGCCGCCGCGCCCUUCCCCUUCCUCCGCUCCUCCCCUGGCCCCCUCGGCGCCCGCGGCCGGCCCAGGCAGCACUCAAGGCAGCGGCGGCCGCGGCCGGCGGCCGGGUUGGGAGAAUGCGGCGGCGUUCGCGGAUGCUGCUAUGCUUCGCCCUCCUGUGGGUGUUGGGCAUCGCCUACUAUAUGUACUCGGGGGGCGGCUCCGCGCUGGCCGGGGGCGCUGGCGGCGGCGGCGGCAGGAAGGAGGACUGGAAUGAAAUCAACCCAGUUAAGAAGAAAGACCUUCAUCACAGCAAUGGAGAGGAGAAGGCACAAAGCAUGGAGACUCUCCCUCCAGGGAAAGUACGGUGGCCAAACUUUAACCAGGAAGCGUACGUUGGAGGGACUAUGGUUCGCUCUGGGCAGGACCCUUAUGCCCGCAACAAGUUCAACCAAGUGGAGAGUGACAAGCUGCAAAUGGAUAGAGCCAUACCUGACACCCGGCAUGACCAGUGUCAGCGGAAGCAGUGGAGGGUGGAUCUGCCAGCCACCAGCGUGGUGAUCACGUUUCACAAUGAAGCCAGGUCGGCCUUGCUGAGGACAGUGGUCAGCGUACUUAAGAAAAGCCCACCCCAUCUCAUAAAAGAGAUCAUCUUGGUGGACGACUACAGCAAUGACCCUGAGGACGGGGCUGUCUUGGGGAAAAUUGAGAAAGUGCGGGUCCUUAGAAAUGAUCGGCGAGAAGGUCUGAUGCGCUCAAGGGUCCGGGGGGCUGAUGCUGCCCAAGCCAAAGUCCUGACCUUUCUGGACAGUCACUGUGAGUGCAAUGAGCACUGGCUAGAGCCCCUCCUGGAGAGGGUAGCCGAGGACAGGACUCGGGUUGUGUCACCCAUCAUUGAUGUCAUUAACAUGGACAACUUUCAGUAUGUGGGGGCAUCUGCUGACCUGAAGGGCGGUUUUGAUUGGAACUUGGUGUUCAAGUGGGAUUACAUGACACCUGAGCAGAGACGGGCCCGGCAGGGGAACCCGGUUGCCCCAAUAAAGACCCCCAUGAUUGCUGGUGGGCUGUUUGUGAUGGAUAAGUUCUACUUUGAAGAACUGGGGAAGUACGACAUGAUGAUGGACGUGUGGGGAGGAGAGAACCUGGAGAUCUCCUUCCGCGUAUGGCAGUGUGGUGGCAGCCUGGAGAUCAUCCCGUGCAGCCGCGUGGGUCAUGUGUUCCGGAAGCAGCACCCCUACACCUUUCCAGGGGGCAGCGGCACUGUCUUUGCUCGCAAUACCCGCCGGGCAGCAGAGGUCUGGAUGGAUGAAUAUAAAAAUUUCUAUUAUGCAGCAGUGCCUUCUGCCAGAAACGUUCCCUAUGGAAGUAUUCAGAGCAGAUUGGAGCUUAGGAAGAAACUUAACUGCAAGCCUUUCAAAUGGUACCUUGAAAAUGUCUAUCCAGAAUUAAGGGUUCCAGACCAUCAGGAUAUAGCUUUUGGGGCCUUGCAGCAAGGAACCAACUGCCUCGACACUUUGGGACAUUUUACCGAUGGUGUUGUUGGAGUUUAUGAGUGUCACAAUGCUGGGGGAAACCAGGAGUGGGCGCUGACGAAGGAGAAGGCGGUGAAGCACAUAGACCUGUGUCUCACAGUGGUGGACCGUGCCCCCGGCGCCCUCAUAAAGCUCCAGGGCUGCCGAGAGAAUGACAGCAGACAGAAAUGGGAACAGAUCGAGGGCAACUCCAAGCUGCGGCAUGUGGGCAGUAACCUGUGUCUGGACAGCCGCGCGGCCAAGAGUGGUGGCCUGAGUGUGGAGGUGUGUGGUCCAGCCCUCUCCCAGCAGUGGAAGUUCUCCCUCAACCUGCAGCAGUAGGUGGUUGAAGGGCCCCACCAUCCUGCCCCCUGCACCACUGGGCGGAAUUCAGCGAUCAUGUUCUUGAUUAUGUUUCUUAAACUUUCCGCGAAACUAUAUACCUCAGUAUUCCAUCAUGGUCUGAAAGUUGGAGAACUUGAGCAAGGCACAAGGGGACCAUGCAGACACAGCCGUGGUGAGCACAGAGAGUCACUUAACCUGUCCUGGGAUGCAGCCAGAUCCCUUCCUAGAGGCUGCAGCUGCUCUCCUUCUCCCAGCUGCCUCUUCCUCCCUACUCCACAGCUGAGUAGCACCAGCUAUGUCUGUGACCAGACAGCGGAGGUGCCACAGAAGGCAGCAUGCUCGUUGGAGGACAGGGAGGGAGAGGGACACACGUGCCCUGUCACAGCAAGGAGAACUCUGAAAUCUCCAUUUUUGAUCCCAUCAAAAUCACAAGUGGUUUCCACAAAGCUGAAUCCCAUCAUUUUGCAGAUUUACGUUGGGCGCUCCUUUCUCCACUCCUCAUCCCCAGCCAUCUUCCCAUCCAAACUCUCCCCUCCCCACCCGUUGGACCUACCAUAUUUGGAUAUGGACUUUUUUGUGGUGGGACACUAAAUACAAAUCUCUACAAAGGAAGAAUGUGCGGUCAGUUCCCUGUGGUUUCUGUAGGUCCUCAUCAAAGUGUAAAUUCCCCACACUGCUGCUCACAGCCAUGUAGCAGGAGGGGCUGGAGCCCGGUGGGAGGGAGAAAAUGGCUUUCUCUGUUCCCGGAGCCUCACUGGCCAGUCAGUGCUGCUGGAACUGGCUGAGAGGUUUUCCUAGACCCCCAGCCUCACCUGUGGGCAUCUCUGUAGGGCAUCAGUGUGGGAGUCACUGCUAUUGGUAUCCAGUCUGUACUCCUGGCAUCUGUCGAGCUGGGUGAUUUACUUAUUUUGACAAAUAAUUGAUUUGGGUCUUUUUUACAUUAUAUUUCUUUUCUCUAAGGAAUGUAAAACCAACCCCACAGCUCCCAGAGUAAGCUGGCAGGACCUCUGCUGCUGUGUAACAGGACAGACCCACGGUGCUGCCACACAGGACACAGGGCGAGUCACAGUACAGCCCUCUGUGGGCCUCAGGAUGAGGUGAGCUGCUGGCAGAACGGCAGUCUGGUCAGCCCAGCGUCACUGCUGUCCUGGUGCACUCCAGCCGGGCAGCGAGCCUUGCCUGACCACACACACUUGCUCCCUCCUGUGCUCCAGCUGGUGAAGGCAAGUCUCUAGGGGACUUUAGGUAAAGAAUAGGCAAGAUCAGAGGCCUGCUUAUGGACACCGAGGCUACAGGGCAGUAGGAUCCUAGUGGCCCCAUAUAAGUUACAGGCAGCCAUGAACUAAAGUCAUGAUGAGAAGAGAUGCUGGGUAUUUGCUGUGUACUCAGAAAUGUUCUUCCAGAGCCCCUGUUGCCUUUGCAGUGUCCCCACAGCCAAGGGCAGACCGGCCCCAGCCCUACUGAAUGGCUAUUCCGUUAUUCCCAAGGUCACUAAUUUGCUUCCUUCUGUCCCCUCACCCCCACACACACAGAUGCUCAAUCCCAGGCUGACCCAGCCUGGCAUCUUCAGACCCCUUUGUAGGGACCUUGGAAGUCAUAGACUCAGAAGUGGCUUCAGGAGGUUUCUGCUAGCACCAGCCUCUUUCCUACCUGUUUCUUGUAGGAAAAGGAUAGUUGCUGGUGUUUGUUCACCCAGGAGCCCCAUGUGUGUGCACCAUGGUACCCACAGUGGGGAUCCCCACGGUGGAGGACUGCUUGGGGGGACUGUUCUGUGUCUUCUCUUUUUUUGCCUCUUGCUAAGCAACCAGAUGUGUUUUGGCCGGCAGUGCAGCCCCCCAGCGGGAUUAACUCUGUGUACUUCCGUCUGCCUGGGCAGGCUCUGGGGAAAGAAGGAAAGUCUCUCUUGGUGCAGGGGUGUGGAGCACAGAGCAGAGUGCCUGUCCUCGUGUGCAGCUCCGAGCACCUGGGUUCUGUUGUCAGACCCCAUCACCUGUGAGCUACUGCUGUUAGAGGAAAAGUGCCAUUGAUGUAAAACACAUUUGGCUUGUUUUUUAAUCAAGUUUUUUGAUCAAUCCUUUGCCCACACACCUCCACCCUCCCAACCCCCAGAGUCUUCGCAGCCUUUGCACCAUCAGGACGCGUCUACCCAACCCCUUGUGCUGGCCAUGCCUCGGCAGGACAGCUUCGGGUGGUGUGGGCCUUGUAAGCAAGGGUGGGCUGGGAGGGGUCGUUUGCGGUGAGCUAUGUUUACAUGACACAGUGUGCCAAAGUGACUUACUGUGGUUGCAUUAUUUUUUAGUCAUCGGGACUGUCCCACCUUCCCACUCCUGUUUUUAAAACUAAAACUUCUUUCCUAAGAGCCCUUUGAGCAAAGCGUGACGAAGUCAGCUGUCUUCUCUGUGGUGGUCUUUUCUUACGUCUUCAUAAAAGCUGAAAUGAUGGUAUCUGUGAGUAUGUUUUGCAAACUCAAAAUAUAGUUUGGUAAUUUUUUUUCCAGUUGAUUUUUAAAAAGAACUGCUGUACAGAGCUUGUACUUUGUCCAUUUUAUAGAUGGAAACCAUCCUUGAAAAUGGUUUAACUUAAAUAAAGAGAAGAUACUUUAUAGA